AUGCAGUCAUCUCCCCAAGCUCAGUUCAAGUGGAUUAUGGUAAACCAGUGCCACUUAUCAAAGUUUAUGAUACUUCGACCUCUUACAUCAAAAAGAGCAGCUGAAGUUGCCUUUCAACUGCUCGACAUCUUGCUGUUUGGUGCUCCUGCAAUCUUUCAAAGAUUUACAGCUCAUGUCAUCACAGAACUAAAAGAUCUUUGGCCAGAUCUCAUCAUGGUCCAUGGAAAACCAAGACAUCCCCAAAGCCAAGGUUCUGUGGAACAUGCCAAUGGGGACAUCAAGGAUAUGUUGAUUGCUUGGAUGUCACACAACAACACACAGGAUUGGUCCAUUGGUCUUCGUUUUGUCGAAAACAUGAAGAACUCCGCCUGUCACUCAGGUAUCAAGCGCACACCAUACAAAGCUAUGUUUGGUUGUGAUCCUAAAGUGGGUCUAACAUCAUCAUGUCUCCCUUCAGAGGUUACUGAGAGACUUCAGACAGAAGAUGACCUGCUUGCCCUUAUUUCAGAACCAACAGAAGAUGAAGUGUCAGCUCACACCUCGCCUACAUCAGACACUACAGCAUCAACCAACACUACUCACCCUACACCAGACCCCACAGCAUCAGCCGACCCUGCGCAGUCUCCACCAGUCCCUACAACAUCAGUCGACGCUGAUCAGAUUACACCAGACCAAACACCACCAGCCGACACCUCUCAGCCUACACCAGACCCUGCAGCACCAGCCGAAAACUGCUCCGUCUACACUCCCAACAGUCCAAUCCCCACAGCCUACAACCAGAGUUCACAUCGCCAACCCACACCCAUGAAGAGUCUCCACCACUCAGUCCGUCACCACUUACAAGACGCGAGCGAGCGAUAA